GAAGAAAGAAGUAAAGUACAAUUAUAUGUGAACUGAAACAUAGGCACUGACUUUAAAGCACAGAAGUGAAGUAGGACUCUCUUGUGAAAUGAACAUCUCCCAUUUGGAGAACAAAACCUUCAACCCCUCCACAUUUCUCUUGACGGGCUUCCCUGGGCUGGAGUACGCCUAUCGCUUGAUCUCCCUUCCCUUCUGCUUCAUCUACAUGACGGUGAUCUUGGGGAACUGCACAAUCCUCCAUGUGAUCCGAACAGACUCAAGCUUGCAUGAGCCAAUGUAUUAUUUCCUGGCCAUGCUGGCCCUGACUGACCUGGGCUUGGGCCUCACUACGUUGCCCACAGUGCUGGGCAUAUUUUGGUUUCAUGCUCGUGAGAUCCCUUUCAGCGCCUGCUUCACACAGCUCUUCUUCAUUCACUCCCUCUCCCUCGUUGAAUCUUCUGUGCUCUUGUCCAUGGCCUUUGACCGCUUCGUGGCCAUCUGCAAUCCGCUGAGAUAUGGCUCCAUCUUGACCACCCAGAGGAUCGUGACAAUGGCGCUGGCCUUUGCAUUCCGCAGCUUUUCCCUGAUUGUGCCUCUGCCUCUGCUUCUCCGCCGCUUCCAUUACUGCAGGACCAAUGUUCUCUCUCACUCCUACUGCUUGCAUCUGGAAAUCAUGAAACUGGCCUGCUCAGACAUCAUCGUCAACCACAUCUAUGGGCUGACCGUUGUGGCCUUCACGGUGGGAAUCGACUCCCUCCUGAUCUUCCUCUCUUACGUCUUCAUCCUGAAAACAGUCCUGAGCAUUGCCUCCAGAGAAGAGCGCCUCAAGGCCUUCAACACUUGCGUCUCCCACAUCUGUGCUGUCCUGCUCUUCUAUGUGCCCAUGAUAGGCCUGUCGUUGAUCCACCGCUUUGGGGAACGUGCCCCUCACAUCGUCCACAUACUCAUGUCCUACGUCUAUUUGCUGGCACCUCCUCUGAUGAACCCAGUUGUGUAUAGCAUCAAGACGAAGCAGAUCCGCCAACGUAUCCUCAAGAAACUCUGUGCUGUGAAGCUCAUCCAGACAUAAGGACAAUAAAAAGUUUAAGUGCUACACUUACAUUACAAUAUAUUAUAUCAAUGAAUAAUGUUGCACGAGUCAGGUGGGUGCAUACCAUCUAUUUUGCUUCUCAGGUCUAUUCAGGACCUCAAAGUUCAGACACCAACUAAAGACAACAUGCCCUGUGAUGAUUGUAUGCUCUACUGCUUCCAUUCCACUGCUGUUUGUCUUCCACCAACCAAACCAUGUUAUUUGUCCCAGUGUUCACUGUGAUGGAAUUAUGUUCCUUGUGUAAUUUACAUAAUAUAUAAAAAUUCUGCUGUCAUUGUGUUAUUCAGCCCCCACCCAUUCCAAUGCGAAGGAAACACAAAGCGGAUGGAGGGAAGUAAUCAAUUGCAUAAUCAAGGCUUUUUUCCCCAGCUGGAACUCAAUGGAACUCAGUUCCCACCCUC